UUUCGUCUCUAGAAAUUCAGUGUAUAUACAGUUGACUCUGAUCUACCCGCGUUGAACAGAAACACGUACUUGACCACUUAGGAGAUUGAAUAAUCGAAGAAUUAAAAAGACAUGGCUCUUGCCUAUAGAAAAUCUUUUUUUAAUCCGGCUCUCAGGCGAACAGUAAAGCAAAUAUUUUACAUCGAACAUUUCGUGAAACACCAAUUUCAUGAUAGGUUACGUAUCGGCUCGUUUCUGCCGAACAUCACGGCACAAAGGUUUUAUGCGGAGAAGAAAGUAUACAGUAGAGAAAAGCCACACUGUAACGUUGGCACGAUCGGUCACGUUGACCAUGGAAAAACAACAUUAACUGCAGCCAUUACUAGAGUUCUAGCAGAAAAAGAAUUGGCAACGCUGAAGGCUUAUGCUGAGAUUGAUAAUGCGCCUGAAGAAAAGGCUCGUGGUAUUACUAUCAAUGCGACUCAUGUAGAGUAUCAAACGGAUAAUCGGCAUUAUGGACACACGGAUUGUCCAGGUCAUGCUGAUUACAUUAAGAACAUGAUCACUGGUACAGCGCAAAUGGAUGGAGCUAUUCUUGUAGUUGCUGCCACCGAUGGGACUAUGCCACAAACGAGAGAACACGUGCUGUUAGCCAAACAAAUUGGCAUUGAUCAUAUUGUCGUUUUUAUCAACAAGAUCGAUGCAGCUGACGAAGAAAUGGUAGAAUUAGUAGAAAUGGAAAUUCGCGAGUUGCUGAGCUCGAUGGGAUACGACGGAGAUAAAAUUCCCAUUGUGAAGGGGAGCGCGCUCUGCGCAAUGGAAGGAAACAAGCCAGAGAUUGGAAAGGAACCGGUGCUGAAAUUGUUGGAAGCUGUAGAUUCUUAUAUACCAACUCCUAUUAGAGAUCUAGACAAACCUUUCUUAUUACCUAUAGAAAGUAUUUAUUCCAUUGGUGGUAGAGGGACGGUAGUGACGGGCAGAUUAGAGCGUGGGAAAUUAAAGAAAGGCACAGAAUGCGAGAUACUCGGUUACAAUAAAGUUUUAAAGAGUACCGUAACGGGAGUAGAAAUGUUCCAUAAAACACUCGAAGAGGCUCAUGCCGGAGAUCAGCUGGGUGCUUUGGUCAGAGGUUUGAAAAGGGAGGAAGUAAGGAGGGGUAUGAUACUGUGUAAGCCAGGUUCAAUGAAGGCUUACGAUCAUAUAGAGUGUCAGCUAUACAUGCUAACCCCUGAGGAAGGAGGCAGAAAGAGACCAAUCAAUCACUUGUCCCAUAUUCAAGUUUUCUGCAAAACCUGGGAUGUCGCAGCAGAAAUUAAUUUAAUCGACAAGAAUUUAGUCAUGCCUGGUGAAGAUUUUACAGCUAAAUUAAAAAUGAUCAGGCCAAUGGUUCUUGAAAGAGGGCAACGAUUCACAUUGCGAUUUGGAAACACAACAACGGCAACCGGGGUAGUAACAAAGGCACUGGCACUUCUCACCGAGAAAGAACGUGCAGAUAUUCUGGAAGGCAAAAAGAAAUCUAAGAAAGCAAAGGCUGAAGCUUAAUGAAGUGAUUUGAAUGAAUACUACAUUGUUAUCGUAAAGUAAAUAUAUGGUAUAGCCGCGAUACGACAUGAGUAUUAGUCCUAUACGUGUAUGCAUUUUCUUUAACAAAUACACAUAAUUCUAAGAAUCUAAUCAUUUUCUCUGUAAAUACCUGUUUAUUAUAGAAGUAAUGUAUAGUUCUAGCGUUGUAGCCUUGUGUAACGGAGAUUGCAAAUACAAAUACUAUUUAAAAUACAA